AUGUACACUACCGGGCUCAACCCGUUUUACGCCUCCAAUUUCAGCCUUUGGUCCGCGUACUGUGCAGGAGGCUUCGCUGUGGACACCAGCAAGAAGCCGUCGUUUUGCAUCGCGGAGCUCCUCCAGGCCGGCGACGCGGACAGCUUGCCCGGCUCCUCGGCCCUCAUGGUGCACGUGGGUCAACACCGGGCGUCCUCCGGGGGCUCGCCGCUGCGCCCCUCUCCGGUCGGGCCGGGGGAGGCUCACGCAUCGGUGUACGGGGCGAGGCUGAGCCCCGCGUCUCCGUACCACAGGCAAGGACUACAGCUGACCUCUGUGUCCAGAGGGGCUCACAACUCUUCACAGGCUCCUCCGCCUUCGAGCAAAGACCUCAAAUUUGGAAUUGAUCGGAUAUUGUCGACGGAUUUUGACGCAAAGGGCAAAGAGAAAUUAAGAGAUUUCGCGUCCAUUGUAAACUCCAACCGUCAGUCAGGCAUUCACAUCCCUAUUCAGCCUGCUGCCGGCCAAUACUUCUCUUCCAUAGAGCCUGGGAUGAGUGAUGCCUCCGCCAUGAUGAGUUCACUAGGCAGCAGUGGCAGACAAUCAGGCCAGCAUCAGUUUCAGGACACCUUCCCAGGUCCAUACGCUGUCCUCACCAAGGACACGAUGCCGCAGACGUAUAAGAGGAAAAGGUCGUGGUCCAGAGCGGUCUUCUCCAACCUGCAGAGGAAAGGCCUGGAGAAGAGGUUCGAGAUCCAGAAGUACGUCACCAAGCCAGACAGAAAACAGCUGGCAGCCAUGCUCGGCCUGACUGAUGCUCAGGUUAAAGUGUGGUUCCAAAACCGACGUAUGAAGUGGCGACAUUCCAAGGAGGCCCAGGCCCAGAAGGACAAAGACAAAGAACAGCCGGACGGAACGCCCGAAUCCGGCAGGGAUCCCAAAGAGACCGCCGAGUCGGAGUGCGAAAGCGAAGACAGAAGCGAGUGCGAGUCCGAUGACGCUCCGGAGGAGGACAAGCCCGACGUCGCGCAUGAGUUGGACCUUUGCGAGCACAACAAAACCAGCGUGAUCAUUAACGCCAGCGUGGAAGCCCCCCACUCGGACUCUCCUUCUCCUCCAUCCCCCCAGCUACUAAUAUGA